AUGGCCAAUCUACCCUCGUUUGUGCCCUUUCCCAAGGUCCCAUGGCGGCAGCAUCUCAACGCGCAGGAAUGGGAUUCGCUGCUCGAGGCAUGGGAGCUUCUGGCACGAGCAUGCCUGCAGCUUUCGGACGUGGAGAUGCAGAGGAAGGCGAAGCAAGACGAGUCUCUAGCCGAGUUUAUCGUCUCGUUCAUCGAGGAGACAGCCGACUCGGGUCCUGCAGCACUGGGAUCUCACGCGACGUCAUUGCGCAAGCUCACAUUUCAGCUCACGUCACGCCUAUUCGCCCUCUCACCGCCAGCGCAACUUUUGAGCUUCGAAUGUCUGAGCGCUUUCGCGCGACUCUAUCCCAGGAAACUCGCGGCACCAGUUCUUGCUGACCUUUUCGGCAAGCAUGGUCCUGUUGCCGAGGCUUCCCUGACCACGCUCAAGAAGCAGCUCAUACCGCAGCUCGAGGCUGGUAUCAAGGGCGAUCUCAAGCCGGUGGAAUCACAAUUGACACGACUAAAUCCAUUGCUGCAUGCAUCGCCCCAUGCUUGCGCGCAGUGUUUGGCCGGGUCAGAUUUCUUCGACGGACUGGUCAUCUGUUUCCGGGUGAUGAACCCUCCGCUUCGAAAAGCUAUCAUCACGACGGUGUAUCUGUGUCUUGUGGGCCUGACCGACUUGGAGAGAUGGGCCAUGUUGAAUGAUCAGCUGUACGAGCUGAAAGCCGCGGCGGACUCGCACAAGGCUGGGCCUCUCAAUGUCAACGACUCGCUUGUCUCCGAGCUUGUGACGUCGACGCCCAUCCUCAAGGUCCUUUUGAAGCGAGCGGAGGACGCGGGGGCAGCAACAGCGAACUUUAGCAAGCGCAUCACUGCUCUGUAUGAGUUCAAAAAAGGUCCCAUGCUGCGGCCGAAGCGCAAGAGGAAGGUUGACAAGGGCAAAGGGAGGCAAUCGGAAACCGACAUGGAUGCAGACAUGCACGUGCACAAAAUGAGCCAGAUCACACAAGUACAAGACUUGUUUCCAGAUUUGGGCGCGGGAUUUGUCGCAAAGUGCUUGGAUGAGUACGGCGACGAUGUGGAGCAGGUCGUUGCCAAUCUGCUAAGCGAGAGUCUGUCGGCUCAUCUGGCCAACGCAGACCGAAGUGAGCCUCUCACAUCGUCACAUCAGCCGCCGCCGCCUGAUCUGGCGCCGCACUCGACGCCGUCUCAACUGCCCACGCGGCGCAACAUACAUGAUAACGAUGAGUUUGACAACCUCUCCGCCGACAUGUCAAAGGUCACAUUCGGUAAAGAUCACGAGAAGACCGAAAAGGAGGUGUCCUCCACCGCGCCCAACAAGGCUGCCAUUCUCUCCGCGCUCGCCGCGCUGGAUCCUGACGACGACGAGCGCGACGACACGUACGACGCUGCUGACGUUGGCGGGACCGUCGAUCAGAGCAAUCAGGAGGCCGAUGGUGCGAAUGACGGGAACGAGGAGAUCUUGUAUCGCGCAUGGAACAUGGACCAGAAGGCCUUUGGAAGGGAUGCAGCGACUAGGAGAGGGGCAGGCAGGGCCAAGCUUAGAGAAGAGACAGGUAUGACGGAUGAGGCGAUUGAAGGAUGGGCUCUCAUGCUCACACGCAACCCGGCACUGAGACGAAGGCUGGAAGCCAAGUACGCCUUCAGCGGGGAGCAGAACGCCAUCGAGAGCACGUCGUGGCGCGCCAACGAAGACAACUCGGAUGCUCCUGGGCCGUCACGAGGCAGAGGUCGCGGUCGUGGCAGGGGAGGAGCGGGUCGAGGACGCGGGAAUGUCUCCGGGCCCACGGGUGAGAAGGACACGACAAACGCGAGGAAGAACAAGGAGGCAAACAAAGGGUCGAGAGCUAACCACAAUCGGCGGGAAGGACGUGCGAGGAAGAUGGCACGUGGUGGAUUUGCCGGAUAG